AUGUCGUCGAAGCUAGUGCGUAUAUGUUCCACUCGAGCCUUGCAUUAUUCGGCUGCUUUAAAGGUGCUUCUCUAUUUACGUCAGUUACAAGCAAACAUAUCUCUGUCUGAAUUACUUCCACUUGUAUUUCUAGCUCGAGGCCCCCUAACUUUCGAUGGUUGGUAUCCGAGAGACCAUAAGCCUGGUGAAUAUCCAGAAAACGAGGAACAACAACGGGCAGCCGCAAUCAAAUACGGAAUGCGACCUGAAGAUUACAAGCCAAUGAAUCAAGAUGACGUAAUAAGAUAUGCAGGUGACUAUCCUGACAUGGGUAUCAUUACGUUUGACCAUAAAGAUCCAUACGAAUCGUGGACCGAUCGUCAUCACAGGAGAAAUUGGGGCGAGAUGGUUGGUAUGGAUAUGAUGCGUUAUCGAGGUGAUCGACUGACAUUCACCGGAUUAGAAGCUGAAGACUUCAAAAUUUGGAAUACAAUUUUGAUGUAUUUACGUGUGUUCGUUCCAAUGGCGCUGGUUUCAUGGUAUAUCUCUCGUGACGAUCCAAAUGCGUUGCGUUGGAAGAAUCCUGUGAUGCCGAAACAAUAUUCGUUUGAUUAUUAUCGUGCAUGGCCAUGGGGGGAUGCUCGCAACUAUCCGAUUGUGAAUUACACAUUCGAACCGCUUGAAUGA